UUUGAAAGGUUAAUUGCCUUAUGUCAGCUGUGAAAAAUUGUUGUCAAUGAAAAAGAAAAUGAUUGACGCGAGAAAAAUCUGUGGCUUGUAGCUGAUUUAUAUUUUUUGGAAUACUUUUAUGCAAUUUGGGGUGACUUAAAUAGUACAACACGAUGGAAAAACGACAACUUCGAAAUAGUGAAUCCAAAUCGAGCGAAUGGAUAAAAUGUCAAUCAAAGAAGAGGCCAGGCAAAUAUUAUAUGUUCAACAAAACAACUGGCGAAACCAAAUGGUGCAGUGAACUCGUAGAUGGUGACACCACAUCAGCCACUACAAAUGCAAAGGAAAAACCUCUUUCGCCACAAAAAUGCACAACAAAAAUGCUCCGUACUCCUGCACAGGACCGCCUUAAGCGACUCCAACAGAACUUGAAAAAAGGACGCAAAGAAAUGGUUUCGCAAAAACAAAACAAGCCGCAACGGGGACGGAGCCAAGACAAAGACGUCGCAAUCAAGGAAGGAAUCGAGAAUAAUGUACCUCAAGAAACGGAUAUGAAAAAGAGUAGAAAUUCAAAAUCAAAAUCUUUAAAAGCCGAUAACAAUAUAGAGUUGCGAAAGGAUUCCCAACCGUCAACAAGUAAAGGUGCGUUGUUGGGCAAAGUGGAAAAAGAUAAAUCACUGAAAAUUAGCACACCCAACAAAUCAAUACAAAUCUCGCCUAAAAAUGAACGAAAAAGGCGAGCAUGGUCUAACGCUAUCUUAGCAAGCGAAACAGUAACAACAUCCCCAAAACGAGUAAAGCAAGAAGAAACACAUAAAGAUAAAAGCGAGGAUUUAAAAAAUAAACCGAAUACAAGUCAACGCACUACUGCAUCCCUCGGUAUUGGCAGUUCCAUUGUAAGCAAAAUAAAAGCCAUAUGCAAAAGUACCUUCAACAAAUAUUGUAAUACCAAAACGGCUUUAAGCCAAAAACCACUGGAAGGAUGUGUCGAUAAAAAUAACCUCAAAAUAUGCAGAAAAGAUACACACAUACGCCCUAAGGUGCAUUUGGCGUUGAGAAAUAAUGCAACUGAGAUAGAAGGUGAUGGUGAAAAUGAUAUCUCCAAUAAACGCAAAGCGGCAUCAACUGCGCCAAUGGCUAUCGUAAUGAAAGGCACUGCAACGCCAAACAACGGCAGCCCAUCUGUGGAUUUUAAAGCAGUUGCCUUGACUGCAUCACCAUCUCAAAUAUUUGGUACGCCCAAUAACCUUUUGGUGCCCGCAUAUGAACGGGGUAGUGCUAACACUCGUUUAGAACGGCUGCGUAACUCUCUACGCCAGCAAGAGCUUCCCAAUAAUAAUGAACUGAAUACGCCAACGCGGAUUUGUGCCUCUGCUUGUUCGUCGGCUUUGGCCGUUGUUUUACGCGAUAGUGCUAUGGCUAGCGGCACUAACGGCAGUGUAGAUGAGCCAAUGGAUUGGAUGCCAAUUGAAGAAAUGAAGCCCGAUAUAAUAGAGAUAUCCAGCAAUGAGUCUAGCAACGCAGAGCCCAGCGUUCGAAGUCAAGCAUCAGAUACUAUGGGUGAAUAUUACGGCGUUGUCAAUGAAAAUCUCUUACGUUAUGCGGUAGAACAGAAACUGGAUGCAACAACUGCAAAUAGAAAGUGGCUUAAUGGUUUUUAUUACUUUGUUUUGGACACAAACGUGCUACUACAACAUCUAACAUUUAUUGAAGAGUUGAGCCAUAUGAAAUUAUGCGAAACCAGAGGUACUGUGCUCUUCAUACCAUAUUGUGUAUUACAAGAGUUGGACAAACUGAAGCAGUUUGCAGUGGGCGAUGGCACCAAAGUGUUGGCAGUGCGCGCUAUUAAAUACCUGAACGCCAAGUUCGAAGCAAAAAUUAAGCACAUUCAAGCACAAAGCGCUCUUAGCGAACUUGACCAUAUCGUUGAAGUGAACUCACCCGACGAUCGUAUUAUCAACUGCUGUUUACAAGCCAAACAACACGUUGAUCAUGUUAUCUUAUUGACUGAGGAUAUAAAUUUGCGUAAUAAGGCGAUUUGUAACAAUAUUUUGGUGUCUACGAAAUCGGAUCUUAUAGCCAAACAUGCGUAGGAAUUCCUCGAUAAAUUCAAUUAUCAAGUAUCAUUUAUUGCAUACUAAAAAACCAAAUUUGAAGUUAAGUCAAUUCACUUCAGUAUGCCAUACAAAUGAUGCACUAACGUAUUUGUAGUUUAACUUGCAUAAAUUCAUUGCGCAGUCGUUUAAACAUCACAUAAAACUAUGCAAUUGGCGAGUGCUUUGCCGGCGAUGUAUACAGGUCGUUCGUUCUAUUAGCUUAGACUCGACUGUAGUGGAAGGAAAUUCGCACAAUCCAUGCCGUAGACGCUACCGCUAACUUGUGUUCAUGCACUCAUUUUACUCAAACAUCACAUAAAUACUUAGUUAUGUACAUACAUACAUACAUGCCAAACAAAUUGUGAUAUGAAAAACAACAAAGUCGUUGCUCUAUGAAAUAUUUAUGUCUGUAUGAAUUUUCCUUUAGAUAUUAGUCCUAAAUUUAGUUUAUAGUAUCGUUGCAAAUGAAUACAUGGAAUUGCAUUUGAAAGACGUUUAUGUAUAAAUA